AUGAUCCGCCGAACAAGACGCGUGGUGGCAUUUGCAGUGGUGCUAUGCCUAGUGUUGACGUCGUUCUUCCUAUUGCCUAAAAACCCGUUGAUGUUCUUAUCGAAGAACAUGCCGCUCACAUACUCGGAUCUCGCGGACACAACGCGGGCCGGCGUGGGUAGAAGUCUCCAGAAGGUUGGUCUCCGGCCGCUGGGCUGGAAAGAGACGGCCGACGAGUCGUUUUUCGUGUCUCCAGUGUCAGAUUUGGUCACAGAGGCCCAAUACUCGCACAGCGAGGAUAUCGUGGGCUACACGAGCCGCAAACUCACGGACGAGGAGUUCACGAAGUCGCAGGUGCAGUGCGGGCAGAUCCGGUACCGGUCCGGGUCGAAUAACGAGCGUGUGGAGGUGACUAAGCCGCGAGUUUUGGAAGAUCCGAGCGGAUUUCAUGAUUUGUGGAAUUACUUGGAGCAGUCCGGGUACUCGAAGCUGGUGAAGCCGCAGGACGCCGAGCACUGGUACCGGUUCUCCGGGUCGGCCGUGUGGAUGCCCGGAGACAACUGCUACUUGAUGGUUACCCGGUACAUCUACGCACCAACCGAAAGAGACGUUCCUGUUCUCUCACUCUGCCGUUUGCAGGCGUUUGACUCCAAGUGGGCCGAGAUCCCGGGCAAGCGGAUCCGGUACGUGGACGUGACGUCAAACAAGAUCCUUGCCGCAUUGAGGAAGUACUUGAGACACGAUAAGGACGACUCCAUGUUGGAUGCGAUCUCUUUGAAGAUGCCUGCAUUCAUGGAUGUGCCAAUCCAGCAGGUCCCCGGCCGCAAGGCUGUGUUCUUGGGCCCGGAGGACCCCCGCAUCGUGUAUCGGGAGAACAGCUUGAUGGAGGACGAGCCAAUCAUCACUUUCAACGAGCUCACCGAGUCCAAAGACCGCUUGAUACACGCCGCGUUCCCGUUGCGGAAACCCGUUGAUGGCAAACUCAGGGUCGUUGCAUUGAGGUCCUCGCUCUCGGACCGGAUGCCGCUCGUGGAGAAAAACUGGUCGCCGUUUUUCGAAAGAGGCGACGGCGACUUCCAAUCCGGCUCUUUGGGCUUUGCACACUUCAUCUACGACCUGGGAGACAUCACCAUUGUGCGUUGCGACUUUGACACGGGCAAGUGCAAGCAGACGAGCCGCGAAGACGAGGAUAAAAAGGACUCCGAGGACGGAAAGACCAAGAACAGCCUCGGCAAGGUGUUUAUCCGCGGCGGGACAAACAUCGUGGCCGUUCCGGAGGUGUUGCAGAGGCGGAUCUUGCGGCCGAAGAGAACUAAAGGCAUGAGCAAGAACGCAGAGCCCGAGAUGUGGUUUGGCAUCUCGAAAACGCACGAUGAGGAGUGCAGCUGCGGCAAGUCCAACUACAGGCCUAACAUGUUCAUCCUCUACAAGAACAACGGGCUCUACCGCAUGGAGAUCGUCACCGAGAGCUCCAAUCUCGGCAUAGACAUCACUGCAUGGUCUGCGGACGGUUCUACGGCAUGUGACGGUCUUCCAAACGUUCUUUCACCAAACAGCAUCGCUUUCUGGAGUGUCCAUGAGGGUGCCUUUGGCCUCGAUGACUACUUGGCGCUCACCAUCAGUUUGGCCGACCACGAUACACAGCUUGUCUUUUUGAAAGGUGUUGCCAGCUACAUUGAUGGUUUGUACCGAGAGAACGCUAUCCAGGCCGAUGAUUCCCUUUCGGCCGAGCGGGCUGCUGCAGUCAUCCGCUGUGCACUCCAGGGCUCUUAUUCGAGGUGUGAGGCCUAUGCCAAGACACAUAAGAUGUUUGUUGAAUUGUCUGGAGAGUCUGGAGAGUCUGGAGAGUCUGGAGAGUCUGCUAAGGCUGAAAAUGCUGAAAAUGCUGAAAAUGCUGAAAAGAUAGAAGAGGACGCAGCUGCGGCCAAUGCAGAGAAGCAGGCUUGA